AUGAACACCGCUUCGACUGUUGUCCGUUCGCUCUCUCGCGUGGCUCUCCGCUCCACCAACAUCAUCAGAAUGACCGCCCCGCGCCACUUCUCGCAAUCCACCAAGAGUAAUUCCAUCCGAAAAUUGCAAAUUUCUCUAAAAUCCCCCAAUUUUCAGUGCUUUCGGUGACUCCGGAGCUCCAACAGGCGCUGAGCCGCGAGAUAGAGGCUGAGCAGCAGCUGAGCAAGGACAAUUUGCAAGGAGACAUCGCGCCGACCUUCCCGGGAUUCCAAGUGCUCACCAAGGACGCUGAAGUUCGACUUACCAAGAAGAACGGCGCCGAGGAGUGAGUUUCCCCGCAAUUUUACUAUAAUUUUUGUUUUUUCAGCAUCUUGGUCGUUUUCAACGUCAACCACUCGGUCGACAUGGAGGAGGGAUUCGAUGAUGAACCAUCGCAGGCUGUACGUGUGGAAAAUUUCAGAAUUUUCGCAAACUUGAUUUUUCAGGUGGCUCCAGUGCCGGUGGCUCUUCCGCCGUUCACCGUCGAGAUCACCAAGGGAGACCAGAGAUUGUGCUUCCAUUUGGAGCUCGUUCCGGUCGACGAUCAGCCGGAUGAGUGUAAGUUUUCCUAAUUUUCGCUGUAAAAAUAGAGACAUUUGGCAGACGACUUCCGCGUCGAGGAGUUCUACGUGGCGCCGUCGGCGAAGAACGGAAACGAGGACGUGCCGUCGGAGGUGUACGCGAGCAGCGGAAAAUAUAUCGAUCCGGUAAGCAAAUCAGGCAAAAACCGGCAUUUUCCCCGCGUGCACGAAGAAGCAACUUAUUUGGGCCACAUACCGAAUUUUUUGCGCACUUAUUUAAGAAUCGAUAGCUUAUCGAAUUUCCAAUGUAAUUUUUCGUAAAAAUCGACGUGGACGCGUAGCUUUCUAGUCCCAUAGUCAAAAAAAAACGACGUGCCCCAAGAGAAUUCAAAUUUCGCGCCGAAAAAAAUCGAUGUAUAUUACAGGAUCUCCACGACCUUCUCUUCGUGCGCUAUUUGGAGGAACGCGGUCUCGACGCGCGAUUCUGCAAGACACUCGUCGCCUACGCGACCCACUACGAGCACUCGCAGUACGUCGGUCUGCUUGACAAGAUCAAGAAGUUCAUCUCCAAAUAAAUUAUCGUUUAUCCGUCCUCUGCUGACUUCUGUUGACUACUUUUUUCCGUUAUUUUUUAGGAGUUUAGGCCAUUUGUUCCGUUUUGUUCUUUUUUAAUAAAUCGUCAGUUGUUUUUGAUAUGGAGCGCCCUGACGACGAUCAAGCGGAUUUUCCCAAUGUUCUCGUAUUUUUUAUCACUUUCUCCUGCAUUUUUCUUCCAUCAUUUCCAGAUUUUUCAGUGUGCAAAUGGCCGAAGAACAAGUGCAAGAGUUCAAAUUAAAAGAGGACUGCGAGCUGCGAUUCGCCGCCGGAGACGAUGCGGACGUGUGUUUGGAACUGGUGCACGGAUACGCCGAGGUGUUCGGCACCGAACUGAUUCUCAACAAAAAAUACAUUUUUCCGGCCAGUGAGUCUUUCUUCUUCAGAAAAUUACCCUGUUUUGUGAAUUUUUACACGGAAAAAGGGCGUGCCAAUUACCCAGCCCUGGUUGAACCCCCCAUGAAAAGUCAUCUUGGCAUCGGAGACCAUGAAAUUGUAUUUGCAGAAUCGCGCGUGGCAGUGUUCACGUGGAAAAGUGCGGUGAUCGAGCUGGUGGGACCGACGGAAAGUGCGUACGUGGCCGAGCAGACGCCGAUGGUCGUGUACCUGAACACGCACGCGGCCAUGGAGCAAGUGCGCCAGAACAAGGAGACACAGGCGCACAAUAGCGGAACGAAGGCCAAGGGACCGCGCAUGCUACUCGGUACUGUAUUAGUUUUGAGAAGGAGUACUAGAGGGGGCCAACUAGAACACUGGCAAAGUUUAACAUUUCUCUGUCGCCUCCUUCCUCGUUGACUUGAAAACAUUGGCCAAUUUCAAUGUGAAAAAUGAUUUCAGUGGGUCCAACGGACGUCGGAAAGAGCACAGUGUCGCGGAUUCUGUGCAACUACGCGGUCCGUCAGGGACGUACCCCGAUCUACGUGGAACUGGACGUCGGACAGAACAAUAUCUCAGUGCCGGGCACUGUUGGCGCCGUUCUCGUGCAGAAGACGGCCGACGUCGUCGACGGAUUCGAACGGAACAAUCCGAUCGUUUUUAAUGUGAGUUUGCCGCAUUUGCUCUGAUUUUUUGAAGCAAACAAAAUUACAGUUCGGCUACACGUCUCCGUCGAAAAAUCUGUCGCUCUACGAGGCGUUGUUCAAACAGCUCGCCAGUACAAUCAAUAAUCAGGUGAUUUUGAGUUUAAAAAAAUUGAUUACCAAUAAAAUGGGAAUAUUUACAGAUUCAGGAACACGACGAGGCCCGAAUCAGCGGAAUGAUCAUCAACACGUGCGGAUGGGUCGACGGCGAGGGGUUUGUAUAUAAUUUCUACGUUUAAAAACAAGGUUUUUCUUUAUUUCAGCUACAAAUGUCUGGUAAAAGCCGCGUCAGCGUUCGAGGUCGACGUCGUCGUCGUUUUGGAUCACGAACGACUUUACAGCGAUCUCAGCAAGGAAUUGCCCGAAUUUGUGAGAGUACGUACGCGGUUUUCUGGAAAGUUCUGAGCAAAAAGCUUAAAAAUUCCUUUAAAACAAGCCAUUUCAUUUGUUGAGUUAAAAAGAAAACCACCAUUUUUUUUGCAGCUAGUCCACCAGCCGAAAUCCGGAGGAGUCGAGCAGAGGACGACGCAGAUUCGGUCGAAAAUGAGAGGAGAAAAUGUGCAUCGAGUGAGUAGGCCUUAAAUGAGAUUCUUGUUGAUUUUUCCUCGUAUUUUCAGUAUUUCUACGGAACGCGCGCCAACAACCUGUUCCCGUUCACGUUCGACGUCAAUUUUGACGACGUCAUUUUGUGCAAAAUUGGAGCCGAACAGGUACUUACUUACUUAUUUACUAGGGAAUGAUCUUUAGGUAAGCUGGCGUUAUGGGUCGUGACAUACAUGAUUCGAUAGCUUAUACCAAGGGGAUCAAAUGUUCUGUUGAUUAAUUUUGCAUUUCCUGAAAAUCGAUGUCGUCAUUUUCUCGAAUUCUAGAAGCGUUUUGGCGUAAGCUAUCGAAUCAGGUAUGUCACGACCCAUAAGGAUCAUUGCCUAGACAGAAAUAGAGGCGUUUUUUUGCGAUCACCGUUCAAUUUCGAAGGCGGCGAAAAUGGCCUGAAAACGUAUUUUCUGCCACCGUUAGACAUUUCUCGCUCUAAUCGCUUCUCGGCCCCUUACUUAGGUAUCCAAAGAGUUGGGACGCGGAAAGGCGGUUUGGACUGGGCACCAUUAGACAGAAGUAAAACAUGGACCCCAUACAUCCCCUGGUACCAUAAGACGACUUUCGAAAACUCUCAAUUUUGCAGCUGCCCGAAUCGUGCCUGCCAAUCGGAAUGGAAAUCGAGAAUCACGAGACGAAAGUGGUCGUUUUGGAGCCGUCCGUCGACAUAAAACACCAUUUAUUCGCAUUCUCGCCCGCCCAAAAAGCCGACGAGAAUGUGCUCAAAUCCGCCGUUUACGGAUUUUGUCUCGUCACCGAGGUGCGCGCGCGCGCGCUUUUUUGUAUGCAUCGAAUAUCGCCAUGUUUUGCAGGUCGACAUGGAAAAGCGCACAUUUUCGAUCCUGUCCCCGCAGAAUUCGUUGCCGUCUAAAACGCUCGUCUACUCGGAAAUCACGCAUCUCGACGAUCAAGUUCAACGAUAA